AUGACAGAAAUUUCGGAAAUUCCUUCUUUACUAGUAAAAAGUGGGGGAAAAACUAUCAACCUUACUUUUAAAAAUGACAUUCUUUCAAUUGUUAAAUUGAAAAAUUCAUCUCCAAAUAAAUUUAAUAAUUCUAUAUCAGUAGAAAUUAAAGUUCUCGUUCCUGGUAAAAAAUUAAGGUUAACAAAUUUUAUUUUUGAAGUAAUUACCGCUGAACAAGCUGCUUCAUGGGUAGAAUUGGUUAGAGAUGCUGCGUAUAAAAAUUCAAAACCAAAUAAACAUUUAAAAUUAGUAAUAAAUCCUGUUUCUGGAAAGGGUGGAGCAGAGAAGAUUUUUAAUAAGGAUGUUAAACCAAUUUUUGACGCAGCCAGCUGUACAUAUGAUAUAACACGUACUGAACGUGUUAAUCAAGCGAAUGAAUUAAUGAGAACUCUUGAUUUAAAGAAUUAUGAUGCAAUCAUUUGUGUUGGUGGUGAUGGUACCAUGUAUGAAGUUAUGAAUGGAAUUUUAUCACGCGAAGAUGCUGUGGAUGUAACAAUUCCCUUGGGUACAAUCCCCACUGGAAAUGCAUUAAAUAUUAGUUUACAUGGUGAUAGUCAUGGUUCUGAUGUAGCUCAAUCAACACUUACUAUAAUCAAAGGUGUUCCAAUGAAAAUCGACAUAUGUUCUGUAACGCAAGGUGAUAAAAGAUUCUUUUCUUUUCUGACUCAAAGUUAUGGAAUAGUUGCAGAUUGUGAUCUGGGAACUGAAAAUAUGAGAUGGAUGGGUGAUAUCCGUUUUAUAAUUGGAACAGUUCAAGGUAUUCUAGCAGGCCGUCGAUAUGAAGAUUGGGAAAUUUUAAAUGAUGAUCUUUAUUUGUUUUAUUGUGGCAAAACACCUUGGGUUAGCAAAGAAUUUAUAAUAUUUCCUUGUGCUUUACCUUCCGAUGGUCUUAUGGAUUUAGUAAUUAUAAAAAGGGAUGGAAUAUCAAAAACAAAAUUUAUAAAUUUAUUAAAAUGUGCUAGUACUGGAGCACAUAUUAAUUUUAAUGAGAAUCGUCAAGAUGGAUAUAUUGGUAUUGAUGGGGAAAGAGUUCCAUUUGAACCUUUUCAAGUAGAAGUUUUACCAAGAUUAAUAACUUUACUUAGUGUUGAUGGAAAUUAUUGUCAUGUUAAUAUUUGA